UCUAUUGUAUUUCGCGUAACAGUCACUACGUUUGACAAUUUUUACUAUCACUACACUAGCUUGCUAGCUUAGCUAGCAACCAUAACCAGCUGUUUGUCAAAAUGGUCUUGCUCAGAUUAGCUAAUCAGUCAGCAUUGUUAAUUCACUAACAUCAGCAAAUGUCAAGUUUGUUGUGUUGGCAUAACACUUUGUGAAGCCUAACAUUAAUUAAAAAUUUGCAACAUUAUACUGUCUGUCUGUCAUUACGAUAUAAAUCGUAUUAUACUACCAAUAUAGGCAGCUAUCAAUGGCCACAAGGCUAGCUUUAUUGACUGGUAGUUCUAAUCUACAUGGUUAUUUGUCGAAGUUGGCCAGUGCAAAGUUCAUUGCAGAUUAUUGCUGAAAGCAUGCAUUCAUAUUAAUACCAUGUUAUGUAGCCUACAUGUUGAAUGCAGCCACAUGUUUCGGCUUAUGGCCAAUUGUCCAAUUGACGCAACACCCUGCAGGGUGCUCCAAUUGUGAACUUCCUGACCCCAAUGAUGCUGAUGACCAAAGAUUGACCGUGAAAUCAGAGGCUUACUAGUCGGGAUGCAAAUGAAUCCAAUUCCAAAUUCACAUGUGCAAAAUAGUUUCAGUGAUUGUGGCAUGCUUUUCAGCCAAGUCUGUUGUUGAAAACAAAGUGACUCUGACAUCAAGUGGGCCAUGUCAUGCAAGCCAAGUUAUAGACGUCACUGGUAGGCUACAUCUUGAUGUGAACUGAUGUGACUGACGGUGGACAAAAGGACCAUCAACAACUUGCAUCCUCAGUGAGUGUGUCUGGAAAUGAGGCUGUCGCUGCUUCAAAAGCAAAGUGUGGUAGUCUCAUUAUCCUCCACUCUAAUCCAAUUUUGAAUGACUGAUGUGAUAAUUGGCUUGUUACCAUUAACAAAAUAACUGCUGUGAUCUUAUCACUGAUGUGUGAAAUGUGGAUGUUGCUUCUUCAGGCAUUGCAAGACCAAAGGCCAUUAUUGACAAAUAUUGUGAGUUGAUAGGUUUUAAAAUCAACAAAAUCAAUUUGUGCCUUAAGUUGCUGUUUUUCAUGCAUUCCUUACAUUGUUGUAACCCUGUUAUUAUUGUUGGGAUCACAACUUCCGUGAUUCAUUAACAGACUGUUUCACCCAGUUGUCGCUCUGUACUAUUUGUACACACUUAACAGUAAUGUCUUUUCAGAGUGGAUCAUCAAUAGGCCUAUUUCAUGUUGUUAUUCUUGUGGGACAAUGUCUGGCUGUGCUUACUGACUCCGCCAUGGUCACAGUCAGGCAUAACUUCCACUUUAUAACACUAGUUUAAUCUCAGUUUUGGAAACAGGCCUAAUCCAAUGCGUUCACCAAUUAAAUAUGAAACUUUGUUUACAGUGAAAAUUGUUCUUCAAGAAUUUGACUUAAUCCACUUAAUGCAAUGCCAGUUAACAAUAGACAAUUUGCAGCAUGCACCCUAUCCCAUGCCUGGUGGUCUCCAUUUUUGUGGGGAGGAGUCAUUUUGGAACAGGCAGCCCAGUUGUCUCAGUAAUCCCUUUAAUGACACAUUUGUAGAUGGAACAAUGAUGCUUCAUGUUGUCAAAAGGUAAACUGGAUGGUCACUGUAGUGGGAGUAGUUGUAGUAUGAUAUCUAGUAGACAGGCUCUGGUGGAACCCUCCCAUGGUCACAUGACCCCACUGUUCGAGACAGCUUUUCAGUGACGUCGCUUGGAGCUGUGGAAGAGGGACGGGAGAUUUGCCGAGAAUAAUCGGUGUGAGCGCGAGCCGAGGUGCGGCACUAGUAGUUGAACACAACGUAGCCAUUCCUUUUCCAACGUGAACAGAAAACUGUUCAUUAUUUUAGUGACCUAAUGCCAGGUCCCACCCAAGCACUAUCCCCAAAUGGAGAAAAUAACAACGACAUCAUGGACAACGGAACCAACAUCAUUCCUUACAGAAAAAAUACUGUUCGGGGAGAGCGCGCCUACAGUUGGGGGAUGGCGGUCAACGUAUAUUCUACCUCAAUAACCCAGGAGACGAUGAGCAGGCAUGACAUCACUGCCUGGGUCAACGAUCUCCUGAGUCUGAACUACACUAAAGUCGAGCAGCUGUCCUCAGGGGCAGCCUACUGCCAGUUUAUGGAUCUGCUGUUUCCUGGCUGCAUCAGUCUUAAGAAGGUCAAGUUCCAAGCAAAGCUGGAGCAUGAGUACAUUCACAACUUCAAGCUGCUGCAGGCCUCCUUCAAAAGGAUGAAUGUGGACAAGAUCAUUCCUGUAGAGAAGCUUGUAAAAGGACGGUUUCAGGACAACCUUGAUUUCAUUCAAUGGUUCAAGAAGUUUUUUGAUGCCAACUACGAUGGCAAGGAGUACGACCCUGUUGAGGCCAGACAGGGUCAAGAUGCUCUUCCUCCACCGGACCCCGGCGAGCAGAUCUUCAACCUGCCAAAGAAGUCCCUCCAUCACGCAGCAAGCUCCCCCACUGCUGGUAACCCCUCUGUUCUUCAACUCAGAGCGACCAGGUCGACCAGUACGACCCCCAAACCGUCAACACCAACAUCUCGACCCUCUUCAGCCAAAAGAGCCCCCGCAGCCGCAGCCACAGCAACUCCUGCAAAGGGAGAGAAGGAGCUUGAGGCCCAAGUGGCACAGCUUAGUGAUCAGUUAAACACAAUGAAGUCGGCUCUUGAGGGUGUUGAGAAGGAGAGGGACUUCUACUUCGGCAAGCUGCGGGAGGUGGAGCUACUCUGUCAGGAGCAGGGUCAGGAGAAUGAGGAGAACACUCCUUUCCUUGAUCGGCUGAUGGAAGUGCUAUACUCAGCAGACGAUCAGGAGGCGGGAGGCGAGCUUGGGCUUGGGGAGGAGGCGGAGGCCCAGGGCCGAGAGGAGUUAGCUCAAGAGCCAGAUGAGCAAGAGGAGCAAGAUGAGUACUGAGGUCCGAGGAGAGUGGCACUCUCUUUGGUUUCAUGAGAACUGUUUUUAAAGCCCAGGUUUUAAUUUUUUUCAUUCUUUUUUUUUUCAUCACUUUUGUUGUCUUGAGGAUUGAGCACAUAAAGCGUCCUAGAAGCA